AACGUGGUCGAUUCACAUCCCAUCGAUCUGUAAAUAUGGCUGCAACUCAAGCUCCCAAGGCUAAGGCUCUCGCUGCCAAGAAGUCGGCCCUCAAGGGUGUCAACGGUAAGAGCGUGCGCAAAAUCCGCACCUCCACCCACUUCCACCGUCCCAAGACCUUGAAGUUGGCACGUAAGCCCAAGUACACUCGCAAGUCGGUUCCCCAUAUCCCCCGUAUGGACCAGUACCGCAUCAUUCGUCAGCCUUUGAACACCGAGACUGCCAUGAAGAAGAUUGAAGAACAAAACACUUUGACCUUCGUCGUCGAUGUCAAGGCUAACAAGUCCCAGAUCAAGGACGCCGUUAAGCGUCUUUACGAUGUUGAGGCCGCCAAGGUCAACACCCUUAUCCGUCCCGACGGUUACAAGAAGGCUUACGUCCGUUUGACCGCCGAUGUUGAUGCUCUUGACGUUGCCAACAAGAUUGGUUUCAUCUAA